GUUCAUUGUUUGUGAACGGAGAGACUACGUAAUCUAAUCUUACUCAGGUCCGUAUACUACCCUGCAAUGGCUCAAGUGCAGGUUCAGAAUGUUACAGUUUUGGACAAUCCAACAAAGUUUACUAAUCCUUUUCAGUUCGAGAUAACUUUUGAGUGUCAAGAAAACCUUGAGAAAGAUUUGGAGUGGAAGAUAAUAUAUGUUGGUUCAGCUUCUUCAGAAUCAUAUGAUCAAGUACUGGAUACUGUAUUAGUUGGGCCAGUCCCUGUUGGCACUCACAAGUUUGUGUUCCAAGCAGAUUCUCCUGAUACCAGUAAGAUCCCUGCUCAUGAUGUGGUAGGAGUGACUGUUAUUCUAUUAACUUGUUCUUAUAAGGAGCAAGAGUUCAUUCGGGUUGGGUAUUAUGUUAAUAACGAAUAUACAGACUCUGAACUGAUUGAAAACCCACCAGGACAACCACAGUUUGAUAAACUUCAGAGAAACAUACUGACCAGUAGUCCUCGGGUCACAAGAUUUAAAAUAAACUGGGACUAAAGCACUUUUAACUCCUCCACCUCCACCUCCUCUGAACUCUACCAUUCUCCCUAUCACUGUCAUAAUACAUGUGCAUGUGUGUGUGUGUGUGUAUGUCUCGUAAAUUUUCACUUAAAAUGAUAUUAUCGUAAUAACUA